AUGGCCUUGCAACAGUACUAUGCACAUGAAUGUAAAUCCAUCCCGGGAACAGCAACAGAUUCAGAAAAUUCCAAAGCUGGCUUUGACUGCAACAUCUGCUUAGAGUUUGCACAUGAGCCAGUGGUCACCUUCUGCGGUCAUCUAUAUUGCUGGCCUUGCAUCUACAAAUGGCUUCACGUCCAGAGUGCCUCCCUUGCCUCUGACGAGUGCCCUCAAUGCCCUGUUUGCAAGGCUGAUAUAUCACACACCACCAUGGUCCCCCUUUAUGGCCGGGGCCAAACAUCUCCUGAAACUGAGCUUGAAGUAAAGGCACCCAACAGGGGAAUGGCAAUACCACCCAGGCCAUCAGCAUGUGAUACACAAGCUAUUAUAUCUAACACAUCUCCUACCGGUCAGCAACUUCCAUAUCGUAAUCCUUAUCAGAACCAACAAUAUAGCCCUCCUCAUCCAUACGGUAGUUUUGGGGAACAUUCUUCCGCACCGCUGCUUAACCUUGGAAGUACUACAAUGGCAGGUAUCCACCAGCAUCCCGCGGUUGGGGUGUUUGGGGAAAUGGUCUAUGCAAGGGUGUUUGGAAACUCAGAGAGCUUAUAUGCAUACCCAAAUUCGUAUCACUUAACAGGAAGUAGCAGUCCGAGGCUGAGAAGGCAGGAGAUGCAGGCAGACAAGUCACUAAACAGAAUUUCAAUUUUCCUCUUUUGUUGCUUGCUUUUGUGCCUUCUUGUUUUCUGA